AUGGUUGGUAUUCUCAUUUUAGUCGGCUUCGCAGCGCCCUCGUUUGCGUAUGCCAACUCGACGGCUCUUGAAGGCUGGCAGUUCGAUGACGACUCACGCUCAAGCUGGGACAUUUUUUGGACCUGUCUUUCAACAAUCCUUGCAUGCACAUGGACUGCACUACAUUUGGCAGUUCCAAGCAGAGAAUCUAACGAGAGCUGGCAGAUUUUUCGAAAACUUCAAGUAUGGAUAUGUGCCAUUCUUGCCCCCGAAUUAAUGGCUGGGCUGGCGGCUGAGGGGCUUUGUAGGGCGAUGGCGGUAGUUGCGCGCUGCAAUGCUGCAUUUUGCAGGCUAUCCGAUGAGCCCACCGAGUCAAUUUCAAGGCCUCUGGAGACUUCAGUUGCAAAUGAACAGAUAUCUGGCAGAGAAAAGACUUCACACCAAGAAAAUGAAGAUCCGUCAACUCGGCCAAAAGAAGGUUCAACACGUGAAGAAGAAGUUUCGAAGCAGGAGGAACAAGCUCCAAGUGAGGAUAAAACCAAGACACGAACCUUUUGGUGGUCUACUGCGCAGGGGUUUUGUUUGACCAUGAAUGGAGUUCUUCUUCAGACCAAAGAUGAUUGGACAUACCCAGUUCAACCGAACAAUGUUGUUCCAUUGAUUGAGGCCGGGGUUGUGAAGCCAUUUCACUUGAGAACUCGUGACAUCAAAGACCGGGCCAAAGCCGACUCACUUGCAAAAGGCUUUACCUUGCUGCAAAGUCUUUGGGUGACUUGUAACAUAGUUGCAAGACGCGCAUAUAGCUUACCAAUCUCGCCACUUGAAUAUUCGACCGUGGCCUAUGUUGUAUGUGCUGCCGUUACUUAUGUAACUUGGUGGCAUAAACCAAGAGACAUGGUAACGCCCAUUCUUAUAUUCUUGCCAUACGACAAAGACGAUAAAGACAUGCCAUUGCAAAUCAGAAAAGCCUUAGACGAGGGACAUGGAUCCUGGGUUCGAUCAUCUGAAACGGCUGUAGAAGACUCACUUUCGCUGUUGGAAAAUUUACUCCAGCUGCUAAAAAUAGCAAGGAAACUUCUCAGUUUGCCAUUCACGCCAAAAGGACGCAAUAUAUUAGCAAAAUCUGUCGAAACUGCUACCAAAGACUUGGAAGAUGCAAAGGAAACAUUGCCAAGCAAUGAUCCACCUCGAAGUUGCCGCCGCCAAUAUGAAGAAAAUGCUCGGCCAUCAUACCCAGCCGAUGAGCCCCAGAAACCAACCAACAAGAUCAGAAAUCCACUCGAGCAGCUGAGCCUUGCGAGCUAUGUCACACUUACCAACCUCUACAUGUUCGUGGCUCUGACCUUCUGUGGAAUACAUGUUGCUGCUUGGAACUCACAAUAUCCCACAAAGGCCGAACAAAUCUGUUGGCGAGUCUUUUCGCUCUCUGCGUUUUGUGUGGUCUGGCCAAUUUAUCUGAUUCAUAUUUGGAUGUUUUAUCGUAUGUAUCGUGCCACAGGUAACAAGAGGGCGCUUGUCUCGGAUUACGAUAUGGUUUCAGGUCGAUUGAUUGCUCUGUGGUCUAUUUGGUUCUGCAUUUACUCAAUCGCACGUUGGGGAAAUCUUAUUCUCAUGUUUUUAUCCCUCAGGGCUUUACCUGCUGGAUCUUAUGUCACGAUAGACUGGAUGUCGACAAUCCCUCACAUCUGA